GUCGCCCCGUUUUCCUCCUCCUCGAGGCAGCUGUCAGCUCCUCCUUCUCAGAUGUAGUUCUGCUGCGGUUCAGGACUCGAUCAGACCCGACUGUCUGCUCUUGCUGUGAGGACCUGAUACACACAAAGACACUGACCGAUUCACGUAUGAACGUAUGGAGUACACUUGCAUCUUUCUGCUGUGCGUCGCAGCUCUGAUGCCAGGGCGGCGGACCUGCUUUAAUAUUGACACCAGACAUGCAAAAAUCAUCAAGGGUUCGAAGGAGGCUCAGUUUGGAUAUACUGUUCAACAACACGAGGCAGACGGGCAGAAAUGGCUCCUGGUCGGAGCUCCCUUUGAGAGCAGCGGUGAACACCAGACAGGUGACGUCUACAGAUGUCCACUAAACGGCAAACCCCGCACAAACUGCACACGACUGCAUUUAGAAAAGGUAUCCCUGAACAACGUGUUUGAACGCAAAGAGAAAAUGAGGUUGGGAAUGACUCUCACCUCCAACCCAAAAGACAACAGCUUUGUGGCAUGUGGGCCGCUGUGGUCAUACGAGUGUGGAAGUUCCUACUACAGCACAGGCAUCUGUUCAAGAGUCAACAGCAGCUUCGACUUCACACACAGCAUCGCUCCAGCCUUUCAAAGAUGCGAGACCUACAUGGACAUAGUGAUUGUGUUAGAUGGAUCCAACUCCAUCUACCCCUGGUAUGAGGUUCAAGAUUUCCUGAUUAAUGUGCUACAGAAGUUUUACGUCGGUCCAGGACAGAUCCAGGUUGGGGUGGUCCAGUAUGGUGCGAGAGUGGUGAACGAGUUUCGGCUGGAUGAUUUCCGUACGGUUGAAGAGGUUGUAGCGGCAGCUAAGAAUAUCGACCAGCGAGGCGGCGAGGAAACACGCACGGCUCUCGCGAUCAGCGAGGCUCGAACACAAGCAUUCAAACACGGAGGUCGCCCAGACGCCAAGAAAGUCAUGAUUGUCAUCACUGAUGGAGAAUCGCACGACAGCCCAAACCUACGGAAAGUCGUGGAGGAAAGCGAGAAGGAUAAUAUCACCUUGUACGGUAUUGCGGUUCUUGGCUACUAUAAUCGGCGAGGGAUCAAUCCUGAAGCUUUUCUGAGGGAAAUCAAGUUCAUCGCCACUGAUCCUGAGGAGCACUUCUUCAGUGUCACUGAUGAGUCUGCCCUCAAGGAUAUCGUUGAUGCUCUGGGAGAGAAGAUCUUCAGCUUGGAGGGCACCAACCAGAACGGUACGGCCUUUGGUCUGCAGAUGUCUCAAGCUGGAUUCUCCUCACAUAUCGUAGAGGAUGGGAUUCUGGUUGGUGCCGUUGGGGCGUAUGACUGGAACGGAGCUGUUCUUAAAGAGACCCGUCAUGGUAAAGUCAUCCCACCCAAGUCCUCGUACAUGAAAGAGUUCCCAGAGGAACUGAAGAACCAUGGAGCAUAUCUGGGGUACAUGGUGUCAUCAGUCGUCUCGGCUCAACACGGUCAGCUGUACAUCGCUGGAGCUCCUCGAUUCAACCACACGGGGAAAGUCGUCAUCUUCACACUGACCAACACCGGCAACCUCACCAUGCUGUACUCACUCUACGGACAGCAGAUCGGAUCGUAUUAUGGAAGUGAGCUGGCACCGAUUGAUCUGGAUGACGAUGGAUUGACGGAUCUUUUACUUGUCGGAGCUCCCAUGUACUUCUACAAAGGCUGGGAGAAAGGCAGAAUUUACAUCUACACCAUCAGCUUACAGGGCUCUUUUAUACCAGAUGGGACUCUUGGACCAUCAGAAAAGACCCAUGAUUCUCGGUUUGGCGCGGCCAUGUCCACUCUUCCGGACUUGAAUGGCGACGGCUUCAGUGAGCUUGUGGUGGGUGCACCACUGGAAGACAAUCACAAGGGAGCCAUCUAUCUCUUCUACGGCCAACAAAACAGCAUCCAACCCAAAUACAAACAGAGAAUAGCCGCUGGUGACAUCUCUCCAGGUCUCCGUUAUUUCGGCCGCAGUGUGCAUGGGAAGAUGGAUGUGAAUGGAGAUGAGCUCAUAGAUCUGUCCGUAGGCGCUUUAGGUGCUGCAGUUCUGCUUUGGUCUCGCAGUGUUAUCCGCGUGGGGAUCAGCAUUCAUUUUGAGCCUUCGAAAAUCAAUGUUUUUAAUAAAGACUGCAUCCGAGGAGGUCGAGAGGUGUCGUGUAUGUUGGCCACCGUUUGCCUGAACAUCACGCCGCGGACACCGAUGACGGAUCCAAAAACAGUCGCGCUGAGGUACAGCUUUGGUUUUGUGGAGAAUGGCUAUUUCCCCAGAGCCGUGUUGGACAGCACUGAAGAGCCGCAGCCCAGAGACGUCACCCUGCGGCUGGACUCUGAUUACAGCCAGCAAGUGUAUUUCCAUGUUCAUGAAGUGACAGAUUACACACCCCUGAUCUUCAGUGUUAACGUAGGCCUGCAGAGUGCAGAUGAAGGGCCGGUGCUGGACGACGGGUGGCCCACCAGUCUGCAGUCAGAGCUACCGUUCUGGAACGGUUGUGAUAAUGACGAUCGGUGCAUUCCCAACCUCGUCCUGCAGAGCAGCUCUGACCUAUUAGAUCGCAGGCAGUUUUGUGGGCGACGCGAGCGCUCCUCGUGGCCGCCGUGUGUCCAUCAGAGGACGGGCGGCGAGCGUCUGGUGGAGGCCAGCCGGAGGAAAGUUCUGGUGGAGGCGCGUUUAGAGAACCGAGGAGAAAACGCGUACGGCACGAUCCUGCACAUCACGCAUUCUCCAAACCUCCAGUUCUCCAGUCUGGUGGUGAAGGCACCUUCGGAUAUUGAGAUCGAGUGUCCAAACUCUGAUGAUACGAGUCUCUACCGAAACUGCAGCGUCAGCGCACCGUUCUUGAGGUCCUUUGCUCAGGUUUAUUUUCGACUGGAGUUUGAGUUCAACAGAUCUAUCUUCUUGAACUACGUCCAGAUCACUCUGAGGGUCUCCAGUGAAGGUGAAGAAAUGUCUCCAGAGGACAACAUCAAUGACAUAUAUCAUAAUCUGAAAUAUGAGGCUGAUAUUCUCUUCACAAGAGAUUCCAGCCCGUCCCGUUUUGAGAUCAAACCUGAGCUUGGCCAGAGCUUCCCUGUUGGGACCGGACCGCCCUUCAAUCUCUCUUAUCAGAUCCAAAAUCUCGGCAUGUUUCCCGUAUCUGAGCUUCUCUUCACGUUAAACAUCUUCGCUGUGACCAGAAACGCAAACGCUCUCCUGCGCCUCUCAGACUUGGAUAUUGAUCAGAUGGCUGGCUCGCACUGCAACGCUCCACGUGUCAUUACCGCCGGCUCAUCCUCACAGGAAGAUCUCUCCCUCAACCUGCACAUGAACGCAUCCACCAGUGACACAGUAUUGGCGCAGUGUAGAAUCAACCUGCUUCCCCAAGGAGACGUUAGCAUCACCGCGACAGGAUGGCUCAAUCUGCAUACUUUAUUAGCUGUGAAAUUUAAACGGUUAGAUCUGGUAAUGACGGCUGUAGUUGAGUUGAGCCCCUCAAGUCCGAUGUUCCUCCACGAGCAACGACCCAUGAGACACAUAAUCCUGGAGAUUAGGAAGGAGGAAGAUUACCGGAUUCCCAUCUGGGUGAUUGUUGGGAGCACAUUGGGAGGACUGCAGCUUCUGGCCCUGCUGGUACUGGCCCUCUGGAAGCUCGGAUUCUUCCACAGGCAAAAGAGAAAGAGGGAAGAGCAGGCGACCAAUGAGAAGACAGCGGAGGAUCGGUAAUGCCACGGCAACCUCCUCAGCCAAUCACUCAGGGACUCUCCAGACACGGGUGUGUGUCAGCCAAUCAGCUGCUCUCGAGCACUGCCACGCCCUCCUGCAGUCCGAUGCAGAACCAAUCAGCUCGCUUCCCCUGGCCGUGCUGCCAAUUAAGACAGAUGUGAAGAUGCGGGUUAUGAAGAAAUUUCACGUAGUAUGAGACUUUGGAAACAGGUGGAAAGUACUAGUCAACGGAAGAAAGAACACUAAUGAAGAGGCUUCGAUUUGAACCAUUUUGAGAGGUUUUGGUGCUGAUAUUUUUUUUGCAUAUCACAAAACAAACCUCAGAUUGUGGAACAGAAUAAAUUUUUUUUUUUUUUUUUUUGCUGCAGCAUAAAUUCAAGCUGAUGCACUUGCACAUUGUAAAGAAUUUUGAACUUGAAAUUUGUAAAUAUAUUAAAAAAAAAAGUUCAGCAAUAUAAUGUAAAACUAUGAUAAAAUGAAAUAUUUAACCAUAAACUUAUGCACCUUAAUGCAUUUGUUUGCAACAUCUGUUCAAGGUUAAUGUAUUUGAGAUUCUGUCAUAAUCACAAUUUUAUAUACAGUACAUUGCAGCUGGAAUCGGAAGUAUU